AUGCAGUAUCAUGUGCCCUUUGGCCUAGCCCACCUGAGCGCGUCGAGCGCCGCAUCGUCGUCUAUGAGCUCAGUGCAGGCGUCCUCGUCACCCGUUCACCACCAGGAAAUCGUUAGCGAUAGCGGCGUCGGGAUCACGGUAGGCCAAGGCCUUUUGGGUGGUCGUCACCUCGCUGUAAGAGUGACACCGCCGCUGGCAUCCAGCGCAUUCUCUCCAGCCGACAUCCCUGCUGGCGCCAGCGGUGACAUCAGAGGAGCUGCAAGUCAUUGGCGCUCGGGCUACAGUUCUUCUGGUCGUACUCACAGUAGCGUGUGCGCAUCCUUUUCUGGCCAUGCUACAUUGGAAUCCCCGGGCUCGACGACGAACACGACUACCGGCACAGUCAACAAUACCUCCUCCUCGGCCUACGGUGCAGGCAUCGUCCGCAUCAGCGAGCUUCGGCGACAAGGGGUGACCUCCAUCGAAUCCGGCCUGCGGCUGGCCACGCUCCAAGGCGGCCGCUCAGUAGCCCCGGCGAAAUUCACUCACAACAUCAACAGCGCUCAUGGUGGUGUCAGCUCUGACGGAGGCGUCAUUUACGGGAGUUUGACGCCAGACGCCACACCCUCACUGCGCCGUACACGGCGGCGCGGUUCGCCAGUGCCAGCAACCACCACCCUCGCAACUGCCUCGUCGUCAGCACGGGUACACUGCGGCCGUAGCAGUACAGUCGUCAGCGGCGACGGACGGCGUCGUGGCCGAGGCCGCCGCCGCAGCAGCAGCUCACAGGCCUCCGCAGCGGUUACACUGCGCAAUGACGGUCAGCUCUGUGACUACCGCUGGUAUACCGCGCGUGGGCGCCGCUGUUUUGUCUACGACGGGCGCACCUACAAAGGCUCUAGCGCACAUCGAAUGUGGGAGAAAGUCAAGGAAGCGGCGCGACAGCGCGGCCUGUUGCAGUCGCAGCACGCCGUGGCGGCGUCGCGCGUAUCCGCUGCUCCACGUGCUCGUGGAAGAGCCGAUUCUGAUAGCACAUACUCAACGGCAGCAGCGUGUGUUACUGUGCCACGUUCGCACCAGGCUUCGCCUCGCGCGCGCUUCGCAACGGAGCAGGCCCUUCUCAUACAGCGAACAAAGCAGAGGUCGACCUCGGUACCCCGAAAAUUGAUUGACGAACCAGCGGGGGCAGGGGUGCCCACCCCGACACGGUUGCCGGAGGAGUGGCGCACUCUGAUGGCGGAGCUCGGCGUGCUGCCAGACGAGGACACUGGUGCUAUGGAAAUCGACAGGGAAGGGCGCCCCUUAAGCGUAAUGGAUGGAAAGCAGCUGCUGAUGUGUUCCCCAGCAAACGUGUCGCGCAACGCUCAACUGCGCCGUGAUCACCUCUCCGCCGGCAGCGCCGCCACGAAGGAUGUGAUUGAGAUCAGCGACAGCGACUCCACCAACGACGGCACCAACGACUCUGACCCGAACACUUCCAGCAGCAGCCCAUCGGCAACAUUAUCCACCGAGGCGAGUAACUACGCCGACCGUGGGCAGCGUAACACCGACACUGUAGUCACAGGCGAACCACUGCAGUGGCCUGUCACGUCCUAUUUUAGCGACGUCAGCAGUGGGUGGUCCUCUACGUCGUCCUUCACGACGUCGCCUGCUCCCUCGCCAUCGUCAAAAUCGAGAAACUCUCCUAAACGGAAGCGAGUGAGGCCGGAACAGUGCACGGGCCAGGCUGCCACUGCCACCCCCUGCGCGCCUGCGCGCCUUUGCCGCUAUCACGGAGUGCAGGUGGUGGAGCAGGAGGGAUGGGUGUACCCGGUAGAGGUGUAUGCUUCACAGCAGCAGCAGCAGCAGCAGCAGCAGCAGGACCGGGAUAGUGAAGAGGGGAGAAAGACACCACCACGUUUAGCUUCCCCUGGCGUCUUCUUACCAGCUGCGAGCCUGAGUCGCACCGGUGUUAGUGGUGACUGUUCUUCAGUGCUCUGCGGUGUCGAUGACCUACCCUUGGCAGAUCUCUAUAGAGAGGCAUCAACAGCCCAAAGCGGCGCCCUCGUUGCUGCACAGCCUUGCCGUCGUACGCUGUUGACUGUGCCCUUACCCUCCUUCAAUGCGUCUGCGGGAUUAUCUGUAGUGAGUGAGACAGGUGAGGCUGUCCCGAUCCGUCCCGUCACUCUGUCAAGCACGGUUCACGCAAGCCUUCUCAACCGGUCUGCCGCACUACAAAGUAACGUCAGCGGGGGUGGUUUCUCCGCCUUCUUGGGUGCUGAUGACAACCUCGACGACUUCCAUGCCGCCGACCUUGUGGACAUGUUUGUCACUGGAGAGGAAAUCGGGGGGCUCCGCUACGAGGGCUGA